AUGAUCCCAUGUUCACCCAUUUCGCCAUCUGUUGUCAUCACCAUUGAUGCACUCGAGCUAUAUCAUAUUGCACAUUUUCGAAGCCCUCACUUUUCCAUGCAGGCAUUCAGCAAGACACUUUGCGAUCUACAUGGGGUCGAGUAUCAUCACUACCUUUCACGCCAACUCACAAUCGCCUUCGACGUUUACAUGCUAAUUCGCAGUUCUGUAGAUUCUCUGGUAGCCGAGGCCCUCAACCGGGAUUCUCUGGAUUGGCAGCUCAAACACGCCUGUCCCUCGUGUACCUAUACUCUCAAGGACGAGGUACCUCUCAUAUUCACUCUGCUAUUCGCUAUGGAUGGCAAUGACUCCCUCCAGCGUAUCCUUCAUCAAACUCUUGGCAUAGAUGAGAACGAUAGCGGGGAGUCGUCUGAACUUCCCACCACGCAGCAUGUCCGAGGGGAUCGUUAUCUCUCGUGCGACUAUGUUAAUCAGUGGAGCAAAGUAGGCAUUGAGGACUCAGAGGUUACGCUUGAUUCAGACUCAUCGGGAAACCCUUGCACAGAACAAGGGCAUGGGGGAUAUACAUAUGAUGAAACAGGGAUCUUCACUGCGGUGUGCCGACAUGGAUUUAGCCUCUUAAUUGUUGAUAUGGUUCAGAGUGGGGAGUUGGCAAAAUACCCACUAGCUGUCGUUGCGAAGUUGAUGGAUGUCUUUGGUGAUGGCCUUGGCGGUGGAUAUGACAUUGGGUGUCAGUUCAAGACAACACUGAAUAACAGUCCUUUAGGUCCCCGCGCGCGUUCCCUCCAUUAUACAUCCCUCCUCAAUCAUCUCGCAAGAUACAUUCCAGGCUUGGGACUCGAAGACUUGGAAAUGUGCGAGUGCACAUUCUCAAAAUCAAAUUCUUUGGCACCUACAACGCAUUACUCGAGUAUUUUCCACCGUCAGCAGGCUAUCACAAGCUACUUCAAGUACAACGAUGAUUAUGAAGUAUAUGCAAAUCUAUCCGAUUUUUUUUACAACAACUACAAACAAGCUCUCAACAUCAUAGCCGACAGUUGCAUCACACUCCCAAAAUUAAUGCACAAUCUCAAUAUCACUCAUGAGUCCAUCUUCGAGGACUGGCUGACGGAGGAGAAGACUUACUUACAGAGUCUCCGCACCAAACCUGAGCAUGAGAUGUUGCAAAUGGAGUAUUGGCAAAAGCUUGUCAAUCUAGUUGCAAGCAAGGAGGAUCUUGAUGCUACAAGCUCAGUAUGGGCUGUGGCCACACCCGUGAGCCUCACAUCCGACGAAAAACUUGAGCGUAAACUCAGCAUCACUUGCCGCUGGACACCAGAGGAUCCGGACUGGCAAAACACAGGGCGUCUAGCUUUGCAAGCACGCUCUGCUGCCAUCAAGACUGCCCUCGACUGGUCCAAUAUAGCAGCACGUGCAUUGUCCCCUCCUUGCCGAACGCUCAAAUGGGAGGAGGUAGUUGAGUAUGCCUUUCUUGCCAACUUUGACCUUCUUCAUGACUCGCGUGAUGAUGUCUCACACCGUCCCUGGGCAAUGCCAUCAGUACGUCAAGCAACCGACUUAUAUUUCAAGACAUGCCGUGCAAGAGAAGAAAUCAUGCGGCUGAACAUCGAAGUGCGAUGUCUAGCUACAUACUUGCAUGACGAGGAGCAUUACCUCCAUGAGUGCCAAUGUCAGGCAGAAGCUUCGCAUCCAGUCCUUGCACACCAGAUCAAUCUCCGGCGCCAAGUUCGCAGUCGGUUCAACUCACACCAUCUUCAGCGUCUGCAGGACAUAGCCAACCUCCCAGAAUUCUUGGGGACUAUCUCUCCUGGUCCAUCAGCCAUCAGCCAGUUUAUUGUUGCUCCAGAGGCCGAGGAAGACUAUGAAGAGGAGGAGGAGGUCAGCAAUAUGGAGGAGGCAUUAGAAGUAUUUGACGAGGUGCUGCACAUCGCUACAGACUGA